AUGUCUCGAAUAAUCGGGCGAACUUUGCGAAUUCGGCAGAUUUUUUUGAAAGAGCUUCGCCAAAACAUAAAUCAGCGGAGAAAUUUGGGUUUGGCGGCGAAUAUCGGCGAGUUUGGAGAAAGAGACGCCUUUAUCACCGAAGGGCUGCCUUCUAGAGAUGUUCAAGUGGAAGAAUUUGCGGCUUAUGUGGUCAAGACUCAGACGGAUAAUGUCGGAAUCGCUUUUCCAGCCACUUUGCAGGGCGGAGCAUAUGGAUUCGGAAAGGUCGGCCGGUUAGAUCAGAGCAUGAUCGUAGUGCCCAGCUUCCGCACGCUUCCCGACGGAAAGCUGCUGCAAUCGCCGAAGGAAGCCAAAUAUAUUUACAAAAUGAAGAUAAUCUUCGCCAGUCCAAACUACCCUCUGUACUUUGCGGUUCCGAUAGAAUUCGGGUUCAACCAGAACACGCUUUUUCAUAAUCAUAUAUAA